AUGUUCGGAGCCGUCGGCGUCCACCUCGCGUCGACGCUCGUCGCCGUCCUGUGUCUACUCAGCCCUGUCCUCGCUUCAAUCCCAUACUCUUCGUCCCACCUUCUAUAUUCCCUCCAGAACGAUAGCUCUACGGCGUAUCUCCUGCGACCAAGCGAUUCCCGGCCCGGGGCGGUCGAGUUCCUGUCUAUGAACAUCUCAGGAAGCCUGGACCCCAAUGAUCCGGAAUAUACGCUGUUACUUGACGAGACGCCGUUUCGAUUCAACGAUCAGACAUCCGCUUUCGUCCCUGUCACGGAUUCACAUGGUCUUCUCAAGGUGUACGCGGGGGACUGUCACAGCGCCGGGGGCGAGCUAUGGCAGUUCACGCCGGACACCAGCAGCUCCAUCGGCAACGGGACGUGGGAGAAGUUCAACACUGACGCCACCGAUAGCGCCGUCGAUGGCCCCAAUUUUCUCUCCGCUGGAUUUGCCUACGCCUCGUCCAACACGACUAACAGUUCUGUCUUCGCCUUCGGUGGGAUGUGUCCCAAUACCAGCGCCGGAGGGUCGACCUGGAUGGCUGCGGCCAACUACUCUCAAUCCAUGAUAGUCCUCGAACCUCCUACAACGUCCAACGAGUCAUCAUAUCAGGUGUCUACCACCGGCGGUCGUGCUCCGCCCAUCCCAGAAGCCGGUUUUGCCGUCGUGCCCCUGGAUGCGACAUAUGCCCGUACUUCCAGUGGGGAAGUACUCCAACAGCAGGAUUUCCUCUUGAUUGGUGGCCACACCCGAACCGCAUUCCUCAAUAUGUCACAGCUGGCGAUAUUUUCCCUCCCACAGAAUAGCUGGAGCAUCGUCUCUGCGAGAUCCACUCAGGAAAUAGGAAGCACGGAGCUUGCCGUGCGAGAGACCUCUACCAUCAUCGAACCAAGGUCUGGACACACGGCUGUCCUGUCUCCUGACGGGAGCAGUGUGGUUGUGUUUGGGGGCUGGGUAGGGAAUACAUCGGUUCCUGCUCAUCCUCAGCUGGCCAUCUUGGACCUGGGGGCGGAAUACGCGGGUUACGGGGAGUGGUCCUGGAGAGUGCCAUCGAUGGAGGACUCCGGGAUGGCAGAAGGGACCGGGAUCUAUGGACACGGCGCGACAAUGCUCCCCGGUGGAGUGAUGAUGAUUUCAGGUGGUUACCAUAUGUCAGGAUCUUCCAAACGGUCUACUGUUGGACCCCAAUCCAACGCACAGGUGUACUUGUACAAUGUCACCUCUGGAAGCUGGGCAUCAUCAUAUACUAAUCCCAAGGCCGUCUCCCCCCAAGAGGCUGCCCCCAAAGCAUCGUCCAGCUCCUCUACCGCGCGAAAGGCAGGACUCGGGGCCGGACUUGGAUUGGGUAUCCCUGUUGUUGCUGGCACGGCAUUUUUCAUCUGGUACUUCUUCCGGCGACAUCGAGUGCGUCGGGCACGACAUAAGGAGCUUCGCAAACUGGCCCUUAGCGCGGAGCGAGAUCAUUUCUGGACUCAGGACGAACCCUUCAUGGCCAGCAGUAUCCGCAGGCCUCAGAUGGCCGAAGCUGGCACCAACAGCGAUUACCCAUGGAACAACAACAAUCGAGGAUACCGACAAGUGCCACCCAAUUGGCGGGAGGCGGGUGACUCGAUGGCUGAGAGAACGCGUCUGUUGAUGGAUGUCCCAAGUCCGACGAAACGCAGUCGCCCGAAUAUUACGCCAAGGUUGUACCGCCCGCCAGGGCCAUUCCACGAAUACAGACGGAGUGAUGCGACAGGGGAUAUCCAUCCGAUUGACGAACGCGAAGAGGAUGAAGCCCAGGACGCAGGGAUGGAGGUGCAAGAUAUGAACGACCCCUUUAGAGACUCGGCAGCGUUCUCUGUGCGAGACACCUACAUCGGUGGUGACCGGUACUCUACUGCAGCUGGUGUCGCAUCAAUAUUCGCUACCGGCCUUGGGAUCGGUGGCGAUAGUCAUUCGUCUCCCGAACAAGACGCUAGGACGUCCUCCAACCUCUCCGACUCGUCCUCGUCAUCCCAAUCCGCCCAUCAAUCCCGGGGUGUCCUAAUCCAACCCGCGAGUCUGCCUAGUAGCGGCCGGGAGUCGCCUGAAAAAGGGAGCUCCGCGUCGGCCCAUAGCAAGGAGACGCGGAACAGACCCGACAGCGCCACGUUCCCCCAGGAGAAACGAUACUCGUCCGACUCGUACUCUACCGCGCAUACAACCCUCUCCCAGCGACAAGUGGAAGGUGAUCCUCUCCUCGGUGACGGGCCGGGACUGUCACCCACUCCGUUGGAAGUCUUCUCGCGGCCUCUCACAUUACCCAGGCCACGGGCCUCGGAGUGGAUAGGAAGCGUCCGUCGCGUGCUCUCGGUAACUCGACGACGUCCUCCAACCGAUCCAAGCGCCGGUGCAGCCGUGGCCUCGGGAAUCGACCGUCGGAGCACUGUCCUCGGGGCGCCCAAGGGAUCAUCGUCGGGAUCCGACCAUAGUGCCUCGCAUCUCCCUCGCCGGUCCGUCAGCGCAUCGGCGGAGCUCUUCCGGCGGAAGCAAGGCGCGAAGGACUGGGGCGCGGAGAAUCGCCUCUCGCGCGAGACCGGCUCAUCGGCGACACCACCGUCCCUCACACAGGAUGAUUCCGCCUUGGAUGGACUGUUCGUCUUAGAUGAUGAUGACUGGGAUGUGGAGGGCGCAGCGGAGGGUCGACGGGUGCAGAUGACGUUCACGGUGCCGAAGGAGAAGUUACGGGUCGUCAAUGCAACGGCAGGGGAUAUGGACGGGAUGUCGGAGAAGUCUGUCAGUCGGAGCAACAGUGAUGCACGGAAUGAAGUAUGA